CCCCCAGCAUCGUCUUGAUAUCCCUCGUCCCUCCUUGCCGAUCUAGUGUCACCGUCUACGACUGAUUCGUGUCCAUACACGCCGCGACUCAUGAGCAAUGCCUGCCAGGCGUGCUUCCGCCGGUCACAAUAUUGCAAGCACCUCUCGUGUUCAUAGGAGCAAUGGAUCCAAUCACAGCAUAUCAGCGCAGUCUCCGGUCCUUCAGUCGUCGAAUCUCCCAUACUCCAGUAACAUCCCCCCUUCUCCGCAGCAAAAAGUAGUGCAAGUGCUCAUUAACAGGCUUAAAAACAAGCUUCCAUGUAAUUCGGGGAUCUCGUUAACGGAGCUGGAGGCGGACGACGCAGUUCAGCAGACGGUGGAGGCGCUUGUGGAUCUCUCGCGCGACUCACUGGACAUGAUAUCCCUUGCUCUCACUGAGCAAUUGGAAAGACUUGCUAAGCAAAUCGAGGGAGCAGGGUACCGUGGUGUCGACAUCCUCCAAUCACAGCUCUUCCUACUCAAAGUCCUCGCUCUUGCCAUGGCGUCCCGCUGGGGAUCGCGUGUUGAGGACACCAGGCCGAGUUCGAGGACGAGUAAGCCUGCCCCAGGCUCUAAGCCGACAACCCCGGACUCUUCCAUUCCUACGUCUGACCGUGGCCGCCACCCCUCCAGUGAUCAGUUGUCAACGAACACUCCGACUUUAGUCUCUGUUGCAACACCGACACUAGUUGAGCCUCCUGCUCUCGACGACAACUGCGCCAAGUACAUCAUCAGUGUCAUGGUCCUGUUACUGCGACAAGCAUCCCCGCGUAGAAACCGUCUUACGUCCGCGACCAACCUGAGCUUCGACGCGUCCUUCCAAGACAUGGAAUCUGUGGAGUCACACGAGUUUGGGGCAAACGAUGAAGCUCCAUUAAAUCUCCCGAACAUUAUGUCUGGUGUGCCGAGGACGAUGAAUCGUGCGAAGCACCCAUCAUUAGCUUCAUUAAAUUCUGGUGGGAAGACUAGCUCGAUCUCGAGUCGGCUGCCCCAACAUUCCGCUGCAUACGAGAGGACGUCAUUCCUAGUAGCGAAGUCGGUCCUGUCGCUGCACUGUGCCAUCGCGAAGUAUACCGGGCGUAUCGUAUACCAUCUAUCAGCCUCGAACUGGUCGGUCGUCCUCGGCAGGAUCCGGCAACGGAUACAUGGUCUUGCAAGCACGGCGGACGCAGAACCCGACACGGUUGACCUGCAGCUCAUAACGUACAGCGCUCUAGACAGGAACAAGCUUGUCCAAUCCCUGCAAGAGCUUUCCUCGCUUCUGAUGAAUCUCAAGAAGGACGCGCAAGUCCCAGUAUCGAUCGCGCUCCGGACGGCGGUUUGGAAUUGGAUAGAGCUCUGCGACGACGAGUACAAUGACGCUCUCCGAUACCAUCGCCGCCUCGAUGGUGCUCCCGAGCGAGUGUUCGACUUGCUGUACGACCUCCAGGAGAGCAGCAGAGACAAAGCCGGCGCAUGGCCGACCCUCGCUGUUCUGCUUUGCGUAAGUGGGGACCGCAUGAAGGCCGAGUAUGAGGCGAAUGCUCUCGUCGGCCAGCAGAGAGGCGCUCGCAAGGAACGGAACAUCACCGACUUGAUCAUCAAGAACCUGCCCUUUGGCUCGAGGUAUUUCGAUGUCGCCUUGGUCUGCGCUGUCGACAUUUGCAGGGCCGCCUCGAGAGUCCGGCCUAGGGCAGAUAGUGAGAAUGAGGUCCCUCUCAUUUCCAUGGCCUAUGACAUCGCGCAUGAACUCAAGAUCGCGCUGUUGAAGUGGACCAAGGAUAAGCCGUUCUGGGAGUGUCCUGACGAGAUCGAGGUUGCUUUGGUGUCGGAUGCUCUGGCUGCCCUCUACCGUUUCUUGCCCGAAGAAGAGUCCCUCGGCAUCUUCCAGCAGUGCCUUGAGCCUGAAAGAUCAGAUGCGGUCAAGCUUUGCGUCAUGAAAGCCUGUCUUACGUUGGUUGUUGACGGUUGGAAGCUUCCGUGGCAACGGCCAUUGGCGACGCUCAAGAACCAUGUGAUGAAACGCAUGAACACGAUCUUCUACGCCACCUACGUCCGCCGUAGCGAAGUAGACGCCAACGGCUCCUCGAGGAAACCCAGUAUGCGGCCAAAGGCGAAGCGGUAUACGUCUGAAAUACUACCAGACCGGGAGCUCCUUAUCCUCGCGAUACUGACCCUUUGGCGCGCGAAUUUCGAGUGGUACAUCGACAGCCAGCCCGAUGAGAUAAUCGACAAUUUCUUCAGCCUUUGUGUCAGCGUCUACAUCACCCCCGCAGACCCUGCCAUCCGGUGGUCGCUUGGAAGGACGUUCCGGUGUUUCAUGGAGUACAUCCUUUCAUGCCCGAAAGAUCACCCCAGAUGGGACUUGAUGUCUCGUUGGGUCUCAGAAGCUGUGCCUGCGGUUCUAGCGUCGGUGGCGAGCCACCUCCUGAAUACGCGGACAGAUCUUCAAACGCAGCGCAUGCUAAUUCACUUCGCCUACGAGUUCAUGUACCGAUAUGCCGAACGAGAUCCGCCCUCCCAGUACUCAGAGCUUCGAAUGAUGCCCACACGCAUCCCUGCCUUCGCGCUCGCGGAGAUUGCGUUCCUUGUCUGUUUGAGCUCCGCUGAUGGUAUUGUCUCCCUCACUGCCUGCAAUUGUCUGCGGCUCUUGGCACAGGCAGAGCGCCAGCCGGAUGCCCCUCAGCCCCUGGAGCUCAGCGAAGACGAGGUACUCAAGCGCCACCCUGUCUACGAGCAACUCGGUGAUCCGAAGGUGUCGAUGAUUGGUCGAGUCGGACAUCAGAAGCGCAUCAGGAAGCUCAUGCGAUUGCUCACGUCGCCUUCCGCUAUUCAUGUCGCAGUCUGGCAGGAGCUGUACUUCCGCUGGUGUGCGCUGACAGAGAUGACAGUCCGGCAGACGUUUGAGCAGGCGAGCGACGGCCUUGACAACGGCCCGGCUCCCGUCGGCGACAAGACGCUCCCCAUGGAGGAGCGACAAGCUCAGUGGCAGAACCUCACUCUCCUCUUGGCGUCACUUGGAGCGGCGUGUACGCGGGAUCACCAUGACCCAUCUGCACUUGCGAAAGUCAUCCCUGCCAGCAUCAUUCCAGACAGCUGCCGCGUGCUUCGUGAUCCGUCGGAUCUGCUCACGAACUUCUUGACCGAAACUGUGAACCUGUUGGUCAACGACCUUCCUCAAGUUCGCGAUGUUGCGAGAGAAGCGCUCAGCAACGAGGCCAGUCAUCGUCUGUAUGGCAAGAUCGUCAAGCAACUCGACGAUGUCAUUCGGCAGGUCACAGACGAUGAGAACGUGAAUUAUCCUGUCUUGGUCGUCUUCCUAGACCAGUUCAUCGCUAUCCUGAAGGUACUUUCGGACAACGUCAAUAGUCUCGCGGAAGACCUGCGCGUCGCCGACAUUCCCUCGCUGCUCUACACCGUGGCGACGUUCAUUAGUCGCAUUGAUGGUGCAGACCCGACCUCGGCUCGUCUGAAGCUCAAGUUUUGUGUGCUAUGCAACAGCGUAUUCAGCAGAACAGAGCCAGUCAUGAUGCGCAACAAGGAGAGUAGCAUGCGCCAGAGCAUCAUCGACAUCAUCAUCGACUGGGUGCAGGAGACCACAUUGGAGGAAGCGCAAGCGUCCACCGUGCAGCACGAGCUUAACGUCGCCGUCUUCAAUACUACUGUCACGCUAUUUGAUCGUCUUCAGCUUGAACCAUCAGACGGAGCCACAGGGGAGGAUGCGGCGCACGCCGUUUCGCGACUCUUCAUCCGUUAUGCCUCGUUCCUGAUCAAGACUUGGGAGAGCGUCCGCUAUGACGGCAACUCGAAAGACGACGGUAUCUCCGAGAAAUCCUCGUUCUCCAAGAUCCGCAUCCAACAACGUGAAGGAGAAUAUCGCGAACAGCUGAUUAAUGGCCUUUCUUCCCUCGUCAGCGCCAACACAGAAUGUGGCGUGAAGCACUGUCUGACUUUGGCAUACGAGCCCGACUCCACCAAGCGGCUCAUCUUCACACACGUCUUCAUCCGUGUGCUCAAGGAGGGGAUCAAGUUCAUGCCAUACGAGGAGACUCCAGUCAUCGUCAAGCAAAGUCCUCUCUGCGAGCUUGUCAAGGGCCCAGACAUGGCUUUGGCACUUGCCAUCUGCGAGAUUUGUCCCCCCAAUGAAGUUGAUGCUAUGAACGCCGUGCUCCUCAACUUGUUCGACACGAGGUCAACACUCAUGAACUUGCUCAAGACAAUGAUUGAUCUCGAGAUUGGCAAGACUGAGAGCGACACUGCUCUCUUCCGUGGCAAUUCGACAUGCACGCGGUUCCUAUCCGCUUUCGCAAGAGUUUACGGCUACAACUAUCUCCGUUCGCUCAUCGUUCCUCUCGUCAAACUCGUGACGACAAUGCCGCCCGGCCAUGGCUACGAGCUGGACCCGGCUAGAGUAUCGAGAGAGGAACUCAAGCAAAAUAAGGACACUGUCGAGUUCAUCACUGGGAAGUUCUUGGAGAUUAUCUCGUCAUCUAUCCCUGCCCUCCCAUCGAUUAUUCGAGAGAUCUGUGCCCAUAUCGCGAAAGCUGUCAAUGAGGUGUGGCCAGAGGCCAAGUUCGCAGCCUUGGGUGCCUUCAUCUUCCUUCGGUUCAUCUCACCCGCUAUCGUCACACCGGAAACAGUCGAUGUUGCAAUCCCCAACAACGAUCCCACGAUCCGUCGUGGACUCAUGGUCAUCGCAAAGAUCAUACAGAAUUUGGCCAACAACAUCCUGUUCGGAAAGGAAGCCCACAUGGUCAUUUUGAACGACUUCUUGAAAGACAACAUCGUCACUGUGACUAAGUUCCUGAGCGAGAUCAACAAACAUGUCCCUCCCGGCUCUGAGGAGGAGGCGGAUGAGUGGUUGGAGCGUACCUACGACGACACUGACACAAUCAUUCUUCACCGCUUCUUCGAGCGCCACGCCGACAAGAUAGGAAAGGAGCUACUGAGUUCGUCGAAGGUCCUGGCGGAGAAGAUGACUCCAGAAGCGGAGGCCGCUGCGGCCAACGGGAAGCGUGCCUGGGAUGCUCUUUGUGCUGCUCUCGUCGAACUCGGUCAGCCCUUGGAGAGUCCCAAGCUUUCGACCCUCACGAGUCGGGAGCAUAGAGACUACCUUGACCUGAUGUCAAGAUGUGACCGUCGAGAUACCACUGCCGUCCAAGAGUUAUUCGUCGAGGGAAUCACGCCUCAGAGCUCCAACGCCGUAUUCGUCCUGUCAGUCUCCAAGAUCAACAUAGAAGUUCUCGAUCUGGAACUGCUACUAUACUACAUCUUCAAGUGCAUCACGUCGUCCACGAACGAUAAUCGAGACUUCGACGUCAUUCUUGACUUCACGGCAUUUUCUUCGACUUCGCAAGUUCCGGCGCAGUGGCUCAAGUUCGCGACAGAGACUAUACCGGUUGAUAUCUGGCGACGAUUCCAGACAUUACGUCUCCUCACCCCCAAUGGCUUCGCACUUCGCUAUCUUCGUAGGUUGUACAAUAACCUCACUUCAGGUGCCACGGAAUCGUUACACAUUGCUAUUCACACGUCUGUCGGAGAGCUUCUGAGUCAGUAUCCUGAUGGUCUUACGGCCGCAUCACUCGGCUAUGCUGUGGGUCUGGAGGCAGAGAUCAGUGAUGAGUUCCAAGAUGUGACCAUGAGACAUACACAUCCCAUGCGCGUCCCUGUCAGCAUGCGGGUUGCUCAGAGUCAUAUCCGGAUAAUCACGACGAAGGCACUCACCAUCUCUAACUCGCUCUCAAGCAAAGCGACAGAGAUCAUUCCGCUGAGCGAUAUCAACGACGUCUACAAUGUCUCGACAGGUCAUGACUCCCACGAAUUCAUCAUCCGCAAGGUCAGACAAGGUGUUACAAUGUACUUCUCAUCCCCGUACCGGGACGCCAUUGUUAAGGCCAUCCGAGCUGCCAAGGGUCUCAUGCUCACGGCGCAUUUGCCGUCCGCCGACCGUCACGAUAGACUAUCGAACGUCAUCACUACCCUCCUCCGGAUUGCGUUGGUGGGGAUAUCUACCGAUGAUGAAACUCGGACAGCGUCGUUCGAGCUACUAUCAGCUAUUUGCACCUACCUGGACUUCGAAGGCCGUCCAGCUGUUCCUUCAAAGGGAGUAGUGGCCACUGGACACCCUGGACCCUUCCUUGUGAUGGUCAGCGAAGGGUUGUCCAACCACGUUCCUCAACUCACCAUGGAUUUCCUUUCCGAGAUGGCCGGGAACAUUGCUAAGAUGGAUGUUCCUUUGCGAGCUAACUGUCUCCAAUACUUGUGUCCUUGGAUCAAAAACUUGGCUUUGUUCACAGACCCCUGCAGCAAAUUCUACGAGCCAUCAGGUACUCGGUUCCGAGACUGUAUCCGCAUGCUUGUCGACCUUACCACGGGUGAAACCGAGCUUCACAGUUUCGUGCAGAAAUUUAUCUGGUUUGAGGUUGGGAAGCUCGAGACCAACACCAUCAACAUCAUCUUGGAUGAGCUCAUGCGUGCCGCUGUCGACGGUGGGAUGGGUUCUUCGCGAUGUGAGAAGGUCGCCGAUACCAUGAGCGCGCUCAACACCAUCAACGUCCGUGGACGCGUCCUGGCACGGGUCCGGAAGGUCAUUGGCAAGACGUCCAUCAAACCGACGAGGAAUCUGUCGGAGAACGUUCACUGGAACGAGAUCGCAUGUCUCACCCGUCUCAUCCUGGUCAUCGGCAACUCCGCCAAGAACACCGUUCAGAGCCAACUAUUCGUUCCCGAGAUCAUGCAUCUCGUCACCCUCAUCGCCGCUACAGGAGAACUCUACGUUCGGAGUACAGUGUAUGCAAUCAUCACCCACAUGCUCCACGCUAUGUGUUCCCUUCGACUUACCGACGCAACUGCGAGUCCCGAAAUUGAGGCCUUGCUGGACGAAUGCUGCCAACCAGAAGGUCUCAGGCUGUUUGGCCUGAGUAGGCCUACGCCUACGAGUGAAUAUGUCAUCUACGAUCCACCAAAUGGAAAGGCUUUGAUCGACGACCUUGAGGCUCUCACCAAGCUACUGGUGCGGAUCAUGCAGGCCAUAUCUGGAACGAAGGGGCUCUUGAACGUGUGGCGCGCUCGUUGGAUGAGUUUGAUAACCUCGUCCGCCUUCCAGCUUUCACCGGCAGUGCAGAGCAGAGCCUUCGUAGCUCUUGGUGUUCUCGCAAAGUCCGAUGUCGACGAUGACUUGCUCUACCAGAUGCUCGUCGCAUUCAAGACGGCCCUAUCUCAAGCCAGCGAGACUGACACAACGUCGGUUGUGAGCAUGCUUCGUUGUAUCACUAAUGUCGUUCCCGCUACGAAUGGCAACUCCCGCUAUUUGGCGCAACUAUUCUGGCUCGCUGUCGCACUCUUGCAAUCAAGUCAUAUGGCAUUAUACGUCGAGGCUAUCCGUCUACUCCGCGUAACCGUCGAGAAUAUGGCUGAGCAUGGACACUUCAAGGAACGUGGCGUCCCUGCGACGCUUCUGGAAGGUCGUGUCGCCCUGGAGGAUAUCGCGUGUCAGCUCGACCAUCUUCUGGGCCUCUCCUUCGACUCGAGCUUUUCGUUCUCUUUGGCGGCAACGGUCUUCAAGGGCGUCAGGCACUCGGCUCUGCGCGACGCAGCUGAAGGAGCACUCCGCAGUCUCCUCAAUAUCACUGUCAGGUCAUGCGUGGAGGUCGAGCACGCCGACGAUGGUCCCGGAGCGCCGAUAUGCCACGAUGUCUUGGGCUAUGUCCUUGCACUGAUCCCGAUGUCCACGCGGGUGCGCAGCUUCAAGCGUUUGUUAGAAGAAGCCAACGUCGACCAGUCCUGGCUCUCGGAGGACGCGGUCUGGUCAACGGAUGAGGAGGACUCGGUCUACAGGAUGCCGUUCGGGCUCAUUGGGUAUGCGGACAGCAAUACGGCGCUGCUCGUGACUUCGUUCGUCACCGCGAUGCUUGCGACUGCACAAGGCGAUGAUACGGAGUCGGCAAUCUUGUACAACAUCCUGUCGGAUGUCGCGGACGCUUGGCCAGAGGUGAUCGGCGUGGCGUACGAGAGUCUCCAGGACAAGAUCAAAGAGACAUUCGCGAACUCGAACAGCCCCGUCAUCUUGCUCGCUGUGUCAAAUGUCUUCCGUGUGGCUACGCAAGACAUGGAGCGUACUGCACCUCCAAGUUCGCGGACAUUGGCGGGCGCCGGCUCAGCGUCCACGCUAAGUACAGUUGACGAAGGUGUCGUCCAUGGUCCAGGCCGUCGGCAUUUGAACGCGCUCGAGGAGCAGGGAAUGCAAGGGCUCGUUAACAGCUUCCAGUUCCUUCCUCUGAACCGUGGCCAUGCGACGAAGAUGAUACAAUGGAUCUCCGAACUCGUUAUGAAGAUGAUUGAGUGAGUCUGGGAGGGUAGGCCGUUUCGUGUUCCUGUAUUUUGUUUUGUGAAAGUCGACGCAUGAAUUGUUCAAACUUAGUGUAUCUAGAUCCUUGGCAAUGCAUGUAGUACAUACGCAUCACUGUACGCAUCCCUAUCCUACAUCCCACGCUCUCGUGAAGCUAUUUCUCUAUGUGCCGCUGAUAUACCAUCAUCCCCGCUUCCACUUAUCUCUCGUCUCUCGCAUCCGGUAUAUAUAUCUCCCAUAUCCCGCAUUGCAUGCCAUCGCUGCGCUUACCUUUGCCAGUCGUCCAUGUUCCGUAUGUUCUGCUAGCUCUAAGGCAUGUUUCAGUCAAGUUUUGUGUGGUGUAUCCUACUACCGCUCCUCGUCGAUACUUCAAAUUCAGCGCUAGAUCGCUGGUGAUGUACAUCUGUGCUCAUUGUCGGCUCCCUCUCAUACUACCAUAUACCGUCCGUUG